AUAGGUCGCUCUCAGAAGCUCAGUGAAUUCAAGCGUGGUACUGUGAUAUAUUGCCACCUGUGCAAUAAGUCCAAUGCGUGAAAUUUCCUUGCUACUAAAUAUUCCACGGUCAACUAGUUAGUGGUAUUAUAACAAAGUGGAAGCAAGUGAGAAAAGAAGGCCACUGCAUGCUGAAGCGCACAGUGUGCAGAAGUUGCCAACUGUCUAUAGGGUCAAUAGCUAAAGACCUACAAACUUUCUGGAUGAAGGGAACUCUUAAAGUGUCAGCAUACCAAGACAUUUUGGACAAUUUCAUGCUCCCAACUUUGUGGGAACAUUUUGGGGAUGACCCCUUC